AAGAGUGUUGCAGGCCAGAACUGCGAGAAGAGUGUUUGGCACCCACAUUUGUGAAGAACUAAAGGAGUAUCUGCAGUGAGAUGGCACUGUCAUGAGAAACGGUCUCGUCUGGAAAGGGAGCAGAAGGUUCAUCGGGAGGCUGGAACUGUGGCCCUGGUUGCUUAAGUCCAGAGCUGAGGAGCUGCAGGACCCAGUAACAGUUUCCAUGUGACAAUUGUGGGCCUGGGAGCCUCCUGGGUCGGCCUGGCCAACAGCAGGCUGGGAUUCUAGUGGCCACAGUGCCCUCUAGUGUCCACCGGCCCACCUUGCAGCCUCCACCUCUGUCCAUUGUCCCCCCACCAUGUGUGACCAGGUGCCCUGUGCUGAGUGCUGGGGACACUGGGAUGAACAAGACACAGCUCUCACAGAGCUCCCGACAGAGAAGGGGCAGCAGGCAUCUGAACACAGUGUUGAGAGAAGCCGGCUGAGAGAAGAGCAGGGCGGAAGGACGCAAGGGAGGUGACCCAACCUGCUUGGGUGGGGUCAAGGCAGGUUCCCAGAGGGCACAACAUCUAGCUGACUUUUGAAAAACAAGGGGGAGCCAGCCAGGUGGGGAGAUGACAGUGGGGACACAGCAGGACAACAGAGGUACUAUUACAGAGCAUUUGACACACAUUCUCUUUAAUAAGGCUUGGAGCAGCAGAGUGUACCUGAGAGUUGCAGGUGCUUCUGUCUGGGUGGGGUGCAGGUUGAAGGUGGGGGGAAGGCUGAGACUAGCUGGAGGUGUGGGGUAGGGGCUAGCUCACAGAAGGUUCUAGGAUGCCUGCCACCAGCUCAUCAUGGGCACUUAGUGAAUGGAAUCAUAUAAGAAGCUUCACUACCCUUUGGGAUCACAGACCCAUCCGAGGAUCUGAUCAAAGCUAGAGAUGUUCUCCCCAGAAAUUAAUGCUUUUCAUACAACUUUAGGGGCUUCAAAGAUACUCCCCACCCCACAUGCCUGUCCCAAACCACAGGCUUCCAAACUGCUCUUCCUAUAGAUACAGAAACCCCGACAGAGGCCUCCAAGGCUCUGCAUGCUGGGCCCCCACCUCCAUCUCCAGUCUCACCUUUCUCCCCUGUGCUCUUCCCACCCCGCCACGUCAGUCUCUUCGUGCUUGCUGGAAAUACCACCUCAGGUCCUUUGUCCAGGUUGUUUCCUCUGCCUGGAAUGCUCUCCUCCUGCCAUCUCUACUUUUUGCUCAGUUGAAUUGCAUUAGUUGGUGAAUGUCUGUCUCUUCUCACUUGGAUAUAAGCUCCGUGAGAGCAGGACAUUGUCUACCUGUAGUCACUGCUGUAUCCAGCACCGGGGACAGUGCCUGGGCCACAGUAUCUGUCGAAUAAAUGCAUGAAGGCCCUGCCAGUGUCCCGUGGCUGGGUCAGGCUCCUCACCCUUCAUUCCUUCCUCCCUUCAGCCUCUGGUGGGUCAUCAUCUGAGUCUGUUCAGCAUGCUCAGCUGUGACUGAAUUCCAAAAGUGGUCCCAGGUUCAGGGAUAUUUUCUUAGAAAUCUUCCUCACUAUCCCUGAAACAAACAGGCUUCCCAUGGGUCUCCUCUGCCUCUCUGGGAGAAGGGACAGACUCUCUCAGGUUCAGGCUGAGACUAUUUACCAUGUGCACACUUUGUCUACCUACCAAAUCCCUACAAGAACUGUGAGGUAGGAAUUUCCACUCCUCUUCCAUAGAUGAGCAAACUGAGCUUCAGAGGGCUUACCCAGCUAAAAAGUGAUAGGGCGAGGACUUGUACCCAGCUUUACCAGGCACCAAAGUGUAGGUUCUUUGUCUCACCAGAGAGGGAAAGGGCCUUACCCAAAGUCACACAGCAUCAUCCCUUAAAGCUACCACUACACUUUCUUUCUUUCUUUCUUUUUUGUACAGGGUCUUGCUCUGUCACCCAGGCUGGAGUGCAGCGGCAUGAUCUCAGCUCACUGCAACCUCCGCCUCUGGGGCUUAAGCGAUCCUCCCACCUCAGCCUCCCAAGUAGCUGGGACUACAGGUGUGCACCACCAUGCCUGGCUAAUUUUUGUAUUUUUAGUAAAGACAGGGUUUUGCCAUGUUGCCCAGGCUGGUAUCAAACUCCUGAGCUCAGGUGAUCCACUGUCCCCCACCCACCCCACUGCUCCCAGCCUCCCAAAGUGCUGGGAUUACAGGCGUGAGCCACUGCACCCGGCCCAGCACUACAUUUAAUGUCUCUCGGCUCCUGCCAGGUCAAGAGGGUUCAGCUCUUAGGGCAAUAACUACAAAUGGGCACAAGGUGAAGCUGCUGCAGGAGCUAGGAGAGUUCCUCAAGGAGAGUUAAAAAAAAAAAAAAAAAAGGCAGAUGCUAAGGCCAGAGCCUUGAGGACCAGGGCUUUGAGGGGUGGGCAGAGGGAGAGAAGGUCACUAAGGACCCACAGAUGCCAACCUUGUGGUGUUCCGGAGGGCCUCUCUCUCUCAGUAGCUUUGGCUUUCUUGAGAGGAACCAGCUGCCCCAGCAGGGAGGCAGGAAGGCUGGCCUGUUGCCUGUCAGCUUCUAUUUCUUCUAGAUCACUGGCCCCCUGGCCCCUCCCAGGGCCGCCUUCUGCUCAGAACAGCCAGGGGCCUGGGCUCUGGGACCGUGAAAGGACAGGAGCACUUCGAGCUGGACCUGUGGUAUUCUCAGGAGCCCUACAUCCUUCAAAGCCAAAAAACUCUCUCCUUUCUCCAGUCCCGCCCAUGUGGAGGACAGAGACGUUGCUGUAAUAGGCAGGCAGGGAGCCAGGGCACCUGGAGUCUACUCUGACCUGCUGCAUGAACUUUAGUAAGACCCUUUUCCUCUCCAGGCCUCAAUUUGCCCAUCCAUAAAGUCAGGCUGGGCAGUUUACUUGGAAGAACAGCCUCUUGGCAUUUCUUUUGAUUUUCCCUCUUCUCUUCAGGAAGCAUUUCUCUCAGCCAGUCUAGAAAACAACACAGAAGAGUGAGAGCUUAUUGCAGUGAGAAAGAAUAUUGGCCGGGGCCCCAUCUUGAUACCCCAACAUGGGUGAUUUGAAUUGCACUUAAUAUGCAGAGUCCCAGAACAACUCCUAAACAUAGUCUCUUUAACUGUGCUGAAAAUAAGGGUAUUUGUGAAAAGCUUCUAUGGAAAGGUUUCUGUACUCACAAGGUAGCAAUAUGGCUGAAGGGGCAGAUUCCAGGUUUGGGAAUAGCCAAACCGGGUCUUGAUCUUGGGGUUCUGCCACUUACUAGCAGUAUUACUUCACCUCUCUCCAUCUCAAUUUUCUGUUCAGGAGAAUAGAGCCAGCGAUACAAACUUGAUGGGGUGCGUGGGGAGAUUCUAGCAGAGGUGCACUGAGGGAGCCCAGCCUGGGGUUUGGCCCAGAGGAGGGACUGUGAGCUCUCCAGGCUGCUUCCUCCUCCUCGGAGUUCCCAGCCCUCCUGGAGGAGUAGGGGAAGGAGCAAAGUUUCCAGUUGCAAUCUGGCCUGCAGCCCAGCUGGCCUGGCCCCGCCUUCUUGGUUCCUCCUUCUAGGGAAGGGCUGGGGAGGAGGGGGUGGUGACACGGUGGAGACACCGGCUAGGCCAGGGGGCCUGCCCUUGGGACAGGUCCAGACCCAUGGAGCCCCCCGGGAGGAGCAGCAGCCUUCCCUUUUCCCCUCCCGCACUCACUCUCACCUUCUUGCCCCCAUCGCCCACCCUGGCACUUCCCUCCCUCCCUGUCUCUCUCUCUGUCUCUCUCUGUCUCUUGCUGUCUCUCAGGUCCACAGCGUCUCAUACUCUACACCAGUAUUGCUGUCCUACUCAGGUCCUUGACUCCAUGAAGCUUACCCCCUCAGGCAGGCUGGCAGAGAGCAGUGUGGAGGGUGAUGCCCCAGGCAGUGACCUGAGCACAGCGGUUGAUAGUCCUGGGAGCCAACCCCCCUACCGGCUGAGCCAGCUGCCCCCCUCCAGCAGCCACAUGGGGGGCCCCCCUGCUGGAGUGGGCCUUCCCUGGGCUCAGCGGGCACGCCUCCAGCCAGCCAGUGUCGCCCUGAGGAAGCAGGAGGAGGAGGAGAUAAAGCGCUCCAAGGCCUUAUCGGACAGCUAUGAACUCUCCACAGACCUGCAGGACAAGAAGGUGGAAAUGCUGGAGAGGAAGUAUGGGGGCUCCUUCCUGAGCCGCAGGGCUGCCAGGACCAUCCAGACAGCCUUCCGCCAGUACCGCAUGAACAAGAACUUUGAGCGGCUACGCAGCUCAGCCUCAGAGAGCCGCAUGUCCCGCCGCAUCAUCCUUUCCAACAUGCGGAUGCAGUUCUCCUUUGAGGAGUAUGAGAAGGCACAGAACCCCGCGUACUUCGAGGGCAAGCCUGCCUCGCUGGACGAGGGUGCCAUGGCUGGUGCCCGGAGCCACCGGCUUGAACGGGGGCUCCCAUAUGGAGGCUCCUGUGGUGGGGGCAUCGAUGGUGGUGGAAGCUCCGUCACCACAUCUGGAGAGUUUUCUAAUGACAUCACAGAACUUGAGGACUCCUUCUCCAAACAGGUAAAGUCUCUGGCUGAAUCCAUCGACGAAGCCCUGAACUGCCACCCGUCAGGGCCCAUGUCUGAGGAGCCAGGGUCAGCCCAGCUGGAGAAGCGGGAGUCAAAGGAACAGCAAGAGGACAGCUCAGCCACAUCCUUCAGUGAUCUUCCCCUCUACCUGGAUGACACAGUUCCCCAACAAUCCCCUGAGCGACUGCCCAGCACAGAACCCCCACCCCAGGGCCGGCCCGAGUUCUGGGCGCCAGCCCCUCUCCCGCCAGUUCCUCCACCAGUGCCAUCAGGAACCCGGGAAGACGGUAGCCGUGAGGAAGGCACUCGCAGGGGUCCCGGGUGCUUGGAGUGCCGGGAUUUCCGGCUGCGGGCUGCCCACCUUCCCCUGCUUACCAUUGAGCCUCCUAGUGACAGCUCCGUGGACCUGAGUGACCGCUCAGAUCGCGGCUCUGUCCACCGCCAGCUGGUGUAUGAGGCUGAUGGCUGCAGCCCCCAUGGGACCCUGAAGCACAAGGGGCCACCAGGCAGGGCCCCAAUCCCACACCGCCACUACCCAGCCCCUGAAGGCCCAGCCCCAGCCCCACCAGGGCCCCUGCCACCAGCCCCCAACAGUGGCACUGGGCCCAGUGGUGUGGCUGGGGGUCGGAGGUUGGGGAAGUGUGAGGCAGCAGGCGAGAACUCUGAUGGUGGAGAUAACGAGAGCCUUGAGAGCUCCAGCAAUUCCAAUGAGACCAUCAACUGCAGCUCCGGCUCCUCUUCUCGGGACAGUCUAAGGGAGCCUCCGGCUACUGGCCUGUGCAAGCAGACUUACCAGCGGGAGACAAGGCACAGCUGGGACUCGCCAGCUUUCAACAAUGAUGUGGUCCAGAGGCGGCACUACCGAAUCGGCCUCAACCUCUUCAACAAGAAGCCAGAGAAGGGUAUCCAGUAUCUGAUCGAGCGGGGCUUCCUGUCAGACACACCGGUGGGAGUGGCUCACUUCAUCCUGGAGCGGAAAGGCCUCAGCCGGCAGAUGAUAGGGGAAUUCCUAGGGAACCGGCAGAAGCAGUUCAACAGAGACGUGUUGGACUGUGUGGUGGAUGAGAUGGACUUCUCCUCCAUGGAUCUGGAUGAUGCGCUCCGGAAGUUCCAGUCCCAUAUCCGGGUUCAGGGUGAGGCCCAGAAAGUGGAGCGACUCAUCGAAGCCUUCAGCCAGCGGUACUGUGUCUGUAACCCAGCCCUCGUGCGCCAGUUCCGGAACCCAGACACCAUCUUCAUCCUUGCUUUUGCCAUCAUCCUCCUCAAUACCGACAUGUACAGUCCCAGCGUCAAAGCUGAACGAAAGAUGAAACUAGAUGACUUCAUCAAGAACCUGAGAGGGGUUGACAAUGGUGAAGACAUCCCCCGAGACCUCCUGGUGGGCAUCUACCAGCGCAUCCAGGGGCGUGAACUGCGGACCAACGAUGACCAUGUGUCCCAGGUGCAGGCUGUGGAGCGCAUGAUUGUUGGAAAGAAACCAGUCCUGUCUCUCCCUCACCGUCGACUGGUUUGCUGCUGUCAGCUCUACGAGGUGCCAGAUCCAAACCGCCCCCAGAGGCUAGGGUUGCAUCAGCGGGAGGUCUUCCUCUUCAAUGAUCUCCUUGUGGUCACCAAAAUUUUCCAGAAGAAGAAGAUCUUGGUGACGUACAGUUUCCGUCAGUCUUUCCCCCUCGUGGAAAUGCACAUGCAGCUCUUCCAGAAUUCAUAUUACCAGUUUGGGAUCAAGUUGCUGUCUGCAGUACCUGGUGGGGAGCGAAAAGUCCUCAUCAUCUUCAAUGCCCCCAGCCUCCAGGACCGGCUGCGCUUUACAUCCGACCUUCGCGAGUCCAUUGCGGAGGUGCAGGAGAUGGAGAAAUACCGUGUGGAGUCGGAGCUGGAGAAGCAGAAAGGUAUGAUGCGGCCUAACGCCUCACAGCCUGGAGGGGCCAAGGACUCAGUGAAUGGGACGAUGGCCCGCAGUAGCCUGGAGGACACUUACGGGGCAGGCGAUGGGCUCAAACGGGGCGCACUCAGCAGUUCCCUGCGAGACCUCUCUGAUGCAGGGAAGCGGGGGCGGCGUAACAGCGUGGGAUCGCUGGACAGCACCAUCGAAGGGUCUGUUAUUAGCAGUCCACGCCCUCACCAGAGGAUGCCACCUCCGCCCCCACCCCCGCCGCCAGAGGAGUACAAGAGCCAGAGGCCCGUCUCCAACUCCUCAUCCUUCCUGGGCUCCCUAUUUGGAAGCAAGCGGGGCAAGGGGCCCUUCCAGAUGCCACCACCGCCAACAGGCCAGGCCUCUGCCUCCUCUUCAUCUGCUUCUUCCACGCACCACCACCACCACCACCACCAUCAUGGCCAUAGCCAUGGUGGCCUGGGGGUGCUGCCUGAUGGGCAGUCCAAGCUCCAGGCCCUGCAUGCCCAGUAUUGCCAAGGACCGGGCCCUGCCCCGCCACCCUACCUCCCACCCCAGCAGCCCUCUCUUCCCCCACCUCCCCAGCAGCCCCCACCCUUGCCCCAGCUGGGCUCCAUUCCACCGCCUCCCGCCUCAGCCCCACCUGUGGGGCCACAUCGCCACUUCCACGCCCAUGGCCCAGUCCCAGGGCCCCAACACUAUACCUUGGGCCGGCCAGGCAGGGCACCCAGACGGGGGGCUGGAGGACACCCUCAGUUUGCUCCACAUGGCCGCCACCCCCUGCACCAGCCCACAUCCCCACUGCCCCUGUACAGUCCUGCCCCCCAGCACCCUCCAGCCCACAAACAGGGCCCUAAGCACUUCAUCUUCAGCCACCACCCACAGAUGAUGCCAGCAGCAGGCGCGGCUGGGGGCCCUGGAUCCCGGCCACCAGGGGGCUCCUACUCCCACCCCCACCACCCCCAGUCACCAUUGUCACCACACUCACCCAUCCCACCCCACCCCUCCUAUCCACCCCUCCCCCCACCCUCCCCUCACACCCCGCACUCACCCCUUCCACCCACCUCCCCACAUGGCCCGCUGCACGCCUCUGGGCCCCCUGGCACAGCCAACCCCCCCAGUGCAAACCCCAAGGCCAAGCCAAGCCGGAUCAGCACCGUGGUCUGAUGAAUGGAGAGAGUGAGCUGGGGAACAGGAAAGUCUGGGGAGCCACAGGAGAGGGACCUUGCACCCUCUUUGCUUCCUCGGUUUUUUCAAAAAUAUAUAUACACAUAGCAAUGUCCUCCUCCCCAUGUCCUUCCUGCCUUGGGACCCAUCCUCUCACCCCCAGCAGUUGCCAUGGGGCUUCCUUCCAGAUUCGAGGAUCCUUGCCACUUGAAGCCUGGACUCAGGGUGCUCCAGCGCUGGGGAGUGGUGAGGGCCUUCCAGAGAUCCUCGUAGUCUUUCUCCCGUCUUCUUCUUCCCCACUUUUCCCUGGAGGUCUAGCUCUGUGGCCUCAGACCUCUGGGCCUGUGUGAGCUCUCUGUGAGCUCUGGCUGGCGGAGAAGGGCAGGUGUCCGGAGCUGUCGGGGUAAAGGCUUCCCUGGGGCUCCUCUGGCCGUGUGGGGCUAGGAGAGCGCUCUGUAGAGUUGUGGCCAAACCUCAGCUGGCUUGGCCCUCUCUCUGACCUCAGGGCCUGGCCACACACUUCCAUGUGUCUUUUUGCCUGCUGGAGGACACGGACCAUUGAUGCACUUGGUGGGUGGGACCCUGCUUGUGUUGGCCCCACGUGGGGCAGUGCUUCCUCUCUCGAGCCAGUCUAUGCCCUUUCUCCAGUAGGCCCCAGCCCAGACCUCUUCGGCUUCAGGAACUUGCCUCGCCCUGCAACGUUCUUAUCCUGAUCAAAGUCCAGACAGGUUUUGGGGGGGGGGGCUCAGGUCUGGGAUGAGAAGGGCACUGCCCUCCCUCACCCAUAUUGCAUGCCCCCCCCAUUCCCUUACACCUACCCCACCUACAACUGAAGACAAUGCACUUUACAGAUAUCGCCCACACACACCUCGCUGGGGCAGGGCACCCAGCAUCAGCCCUGGGGAGAGAGGCUCCCAAAGGGCCACCAUGAGCCCAAGAUAUCCUUCCUGAGGCAGAGAUUGAAGCCAUCAGAGCUGGGGUUUGGAGCCAGAAUGCCUGAGUCCUUCUGUCCAUCAGAAUCUCCGCUGCCUCCCCAGCCCUUUUGCAGCCCUGUUUAUUUAUUAUAAAUAUAUUUUUUACAAGCCCCAGCUCCUCUUCUUGCCCCGCAUAUCCAGCUCCUCACUCAGCUCCUGCCUCCCUCUCCCCUCUCCACCAUGGGCUGCAGUAUAGACAGACAGACGGACCCUGGCUGUACGAAGGGCCAGGGCCACUGGGGCUUGGGGGCGGGGGAGGGUGGCAGUGGGAGGGGCUGUAUGGAGAGGAGCUGGGGUUCAGGCAUUGUCUUUUUUCCUCCUUGUAUAUAAGAAUGUAUAUUUGAUGCCUCAUAAAAGACCUUGUGCUCA